CCACUCGUCUAUCUCAAGACAUUUGACUGAUGCUUGGCUCUCUGCCUUUAUCUGCUUGUGCAUCUUUGGCGGCUCCAUUUUAGGAGCACCUUCUGAAUCAGACCUGAUCAGAUACAGAACUUCACAUUUAAAGUGCGCGUCCGCAAAAGCUCCGGAAAAAUGAAUUUUGAUGAAAUUCUCUGCCUCAUUGGAGGAUUUGGGAAGUUCCAGAAGAUCUUGUAUAUAUGGAUCUGUCUACCUCAGAUAUUUCUCGCGUUCCACAUGCUGGUCUCUGUCUUCACCGGGGCUGUUCCUCCUCAUUUAUGCCGCUCCACGUGGCCCUCUGUGGACACUCCAAGCUCUUCGAACUUCAGCCUUCUGACCUCCCUCGGUGACCGGCCUGAUCUGUCCUGCACCGUCCCCUUGAAUCACAGUGCUGCUGUAGCUCUUGGUGAUGGACACCCUACCGGGAGCUGCCAGGGGGGCUGGGAGUACAGCACCAACACCUUCCAAAGCACCAUAGUAACUGAGUGGGACCUGGUGUGUGACAAUGCCAGCCUGAACAACAUGGGCUCCUCCAUCUAUAUGUUCGGCCUCCUCGUUGGAGCUGUGGUGUUUGGCAGUUUAGCUGAUAAGUACGGCCGCAGGAUCAUCAUCCUCAUCAACCUUGCUAUCCAGGCUGUGUUUGGGGUUGGCGCUGCUUUCGCCCCUAACUUUUACGUCUACACCGCCCUUCGCUUCAUGGUUGGAACAUCCAUCUCUGGUGUUAUAAUGAAUGCAUUUGUCCUAGGCACAGAGUGGACAGGGCCUAAGCAGCGGAUGCUGGCUGGUAUAAUCACCGACUACUUCUUCGGUUUUGGCUACAUUCUGCUGGCCGGCGUGGCGUACCUCAUAAGAGACUGGCGUAAACUGCAGCUGGCUAUUUCAGUACCUGGCUUCCUCUUCAUCUUCUACAUCUGGGUGUUGCCAAAGUCAGCUCGCUGGUUAAUGGCCAGUGACAGGACAGAGGAAGCCUGGGAGCUGAUCCGGAAAGCAGCGCAGAUGAAUGGGAAGCCCCUCACCAAAGAUCUGGAGAUGUGUCGGGUAUAUAAAAGUGAAGAGAGAAAAGAAGAGGUGAAGAAGAAAUACUCGUUCAUAGACCUCGUUCGAACCCCGAAAAUGAGGAGGCAGUCUCUGAUUGUUUUUUACCUCUGGUUUGUCAACGUGCUCGUGUACUACGGCCUGUCCCUCAACAUUUCCGACUUUGGAAUGAACAUCUACCUCACCCAGAUGAUCUUCGGCCUGGUGGAGAUGCCUGCGCGCACCAUCACCCUGUUCACCCUCAACCGCUCGCGCAAGAUCUCCCAGCUAGCUUUCUUGGCUGUGGGUGGCACAGCCUGCCUGCUGACCAUCUUCAUUCCCAGCGACCUGUCUGUCAUCAAAACGGUCCUUGCCAUGACUGGGAAGUUUGGAAUCACAGCGUCACUUUCCAUUAUUUAUGUCUACUCAGCUGAGGUGUUCCCCACGGUGAUCAGACAAAACGGGAUCGGUAUAGGCUCCAUGUGUGCUCGGACCGGAGGGGUUCUGGCCCCCAUGAUGUACCUGCUGAGGAGCAUCAGUCCUCAUGCUCCCAUGGUCCUGUGUGGCCUCUGCCCCCUGCUGGGCUCUGCCCUCACCCUGCUACUGCCCGAGACGGCCAGUAAGCCCCUACCUGACACGAUUGAAGACGUGGAGGGAACCAGCCUCAGCGAGGAGGAUGGCGGCAUGAAGCCGGUCGUCAUUGACACCUCCCUGAGGAACACUGACACAGGCAGCACCAGGACAGACUGACGACCGGCGGCGGCACCAGCGUGAGCUGCCGCAUGUCACAAGGCAAAGUCAGUAUUUUUCCGGACUAUACCGAAGACAAGAGUCUAUGCUUCCAGUGGAAGUCAAGAUUAGUCUUGUGGGUCUUUGCAAGAUUCUGAACAAACAUUUGUGCGUACAGAUUUUUUUUUUUACUCUUUUUAAAAAUUUUUAUACGUCGUCUUUGCCUUUCAUCCAGUGUCUUAAAUAUCAUCAGUUUUUUUGUUUUUUGUUUUUUGGACUGUUGAAUAAAAGUUACUCACUUUGAAUAUUAUGUAAUGUAUUACAUACAUAAGGAUGCAGAAGAAAAAAAAAAAGACAAGGUGCAGCUUGGACAUUGUGAACCCAGGACAUGGUUGGACAGUCUUGGACGUCCAUGUGAAAGUAAAACACGAGCAUGUUUACAAGUAGGAAACGCUGACACCUGCUGGUGUGCAGCAAGUAUCACGUGUUUUCUGACAGCUCAUCAACCAAUACUUGAAAUACCAUUUUACAUAAAAACAUUGAAAUGUUUUGCAGGUUGUCUUUUUUUUUUUUUUUUUUUUUUGUUAUGUAAAAUGAUUUUGUUGAUGCAUUUAUUUACACUACCUCUUAAAAGUUUUAGAACGUCUCUCUCCCAGCACAGACUUAAACCACAUGGAGCUGGUUUCAGAUGAACUGGACAGAAGGCGAAAGCAAAGCAAGCUACAAGUGCAACAACUUCUGCAAUGGUGUUCAGACAAACUUACUGAACAAUAUUUGAUUUCCACUGUAGAAAGAGCAUCAUGUGACAUAAUUUAGAUUCAGUUUUGUUAAAAAAUAUUCCGCUAUUCCUUUUUUUAAAUUUUAAUCUCCAAAUUCUUGAUUUGUUCUACACCUUAAUGUCUCUGUUGUCUCUGAAAUUCAUCCCUGUACAUUUCAGUAAAACCAGAAAAAUGGAGGUGUUCUGAAACUUCUGACUGAAAGUGCAGUUUUUACGUUUAUAUACAGAGAUUUUGCAGAACCAAGGUCUGUGAUUGAAAUUCUUGAUAUUCUGUGUGAGAAAUGAGCAGAGUUUAAGUCUGGACUUUAUCUAAUGUCUUUAUCUUAAAGUUUUGGUAGAAAAUAGACAAGCAAGUCCAGUAAAGGACAGGUGGGAAUCCAAAAUUGAAAUGAAUUAAAAUGAAAAUAGAUCAUUCUCUGG